AUGAAGAGCAACAACAGCCUGAAUCCAGCCUACUUUCAGCUCACACUGUUCGCAGAUACCGGGCCUCUCAGGUAUCUCUUCUUCAGUCUGUGUCUGUUGAUCUACAUCAUCAUCGUCUGUGCUAACGUCAUCAUUGUUCUGACAGUCUGUCUGGACAGAUCUCUGCAUCAGCCCAUGUACAUGUUCAUCUCCUUUCUGUCCUUGAACUCUCUGUUCGGCUCAGCCGGCUUCUUCCCCAGGUUUCUGACGGACAUCCUGUCUGACACUCAUUUGAUCUCACGGCCGUCGUGUUUCGUUCAGAUAUUUGUUGUUUACACCUACGUCUCAUGUGAGAUGACCAUCCUCGGCAUCAUGGCCUACGAUCGAUUCGUCGCUAUUUGCCAGCCUCUGCGCUAUCGCAGUAAAAUGAGCUUUAGGAUGGUGGGGAAUCUUCUGGUCUUUGCCUGGCUCUGCCCUGCGCUCGCUGUCGGCUUCUGUCUCUCUCUCACGGUUCGAUUGAGGCUGUGUGGAAACAAACUGCACAGGCUUUUCUGCUCUAACUGGCCUGUGGUUCAUCUCUCCUGUGUGGACACGAGUCUGAACAGCUCGGCGGGGCUGGUUGUUGCUGUGACGACCAUCUUCAUCCCGCUGUUCUUCGUCCUGUACACCUAUCUACGGAUCCUGCUGGUCUGCAGGAGAAGCUCGUCUGAGUUCAGAGGGAAGGCGUUACAGACCUGCCUGCCUCACGUGGUCACCUUUGUGACCUACUCCUUCACUCUCUUCUGUGAGCUUUCACUCACUCGAUUUGAGACUGAUGAACUGAACCCAAUCAUCACAGUCGUUUUAUCUUUAGAGUAUCUGAUCAUUCCCCCCAUCAAUAACCCUCUAGUUUAUGGCCUGAAUCUGCCCCAGAUCAGAGGAGCCAUUUUUAGAUUUCUGAAGAUUCACAAAGUGAGACUCGCUCCCAAAAAUUAA